AUGGAUAAGUCAUGGAUGCACUCGGAUAGAAGAUCGAAGGCAUAUGAGUUAGGGGUGGAAGCAUUUUUGAACUUUUCUGUAGAAAAUCUUCUAACUACCACACAUAUCCGUUGUCCAUGUGUUAAAUGUGUUAAUUUGAAAUUGUUUGGGGUUGGAAUUAUAAGGGAUCACUUAUACUUUAAUGGAGUUGACCAAAGCUAUAAGAAUUGGACAUUUCACGGAGAACCUUGGGAAGCAACUACUAAUGCUAGUAGAAAUGUUGAAGAAGAUGAUGACCAUAGUAGGUACAGUUUUGUGUCUGAAGAAAUAGAGAUGGAUGAUAAUGAUUUUGGUGAUUUUGGAUCUGAUCCUUAUGAGUUUGCCAAUGUGAUUGGGGAUGGAGAUCAACCAUUGUACCCUGGUUGUAGAAAGUACACGAAGUUAUCAGCAUUAGUGAAGUUGUAUAAUUUGAAGGCAAAACAUGGGAUGAGUGAUGUCUGUUUUACAGAAUUAUUGAUACUUCAAGGCGAUUUGCUUCCAGAAGGAAAUACAAUACCGGCCUCUAUGUGGAAGGAAGGCAAAGAUUCAAUCUUGAAAGAGGGUGUGCCAGCGAAGGUGGUGUGGUAUUUUCCUCCAAUUCCAAGGUUUAAAAGGAUGUUUCGAUCACAUGAGACAGCUAAGAGUUUGACUUGGCAUGCUGCUAGAAAAUCAAUUGACGGUCAGAUGUCUCAUCCAGCGGAUUCCCCGUCUUGGAAACUUCUUGAUGAUAAAUGGCCCGAGUUUGGUAAUGAGCCGAGAAACUUGAGAUUGGCUCUUUCAUCUGAUGGAUUCAAUCCCCACAGUUCUCUAAGUAGCAGAUAUAGUUGCUGGCCAGUUAUCUUAGUUACAUAUAAUCUCCCUCCAUGGCUGUGCAUGAAACGAAAGUUCAUGAUGUUGACCUUAUUGAUUUCCGGUCCUAAACAACCCGGAAAUGAUAUAGACGUCUACUUGGAGCCUUUGAUUGAUGAUUUAAAAUCUUUGUGGGAUGGGAUUGGAGGAGUGUAUGAUGCACAUAAUGGAGAAUACUUUACACUCAGAGCUGCAUUAAUGUGGACAAUUAAUGAUUUCCCCGCCUAUGGAAACUUAUCUGGUUGUGUUGUUAAAGGAUAUAAAGCUUGUCCAAUAUGCGGCGAUGAUACACCUAGUCACAGGUUGAAAAAUGGCCACAAAAUUUGUUACAUUGGGCAUAGAAAAUGGUUACCGAUCAAUCAUCCAUAUAGGAGGCAACGUGCAGCUUUUAAUGGGAAACCUGAAUAUGGCACGCCUCCUGAGCCAUUAACCGGAGAAGAAGUGCUGCAUAUGGUUGAAGAUGGUGACAGAGUUUGUUGGAAGAAGAAAUCAAUAUUCUUUGAUCUCGAGUAUUGGAAAUACCUUCCUGUGAGGCAUGUCCUAGAUGUUAUGCACAUUGAGAAGAAUGUUUGCGAUAGUAUCAUUGGUACAUUGCUGGAGAUCCCUGGAAAAAAUAAAGAUGGGAUUGCUGCUCGAUUAGAUUUAUUGAACAUGGGGGUCAAAACUGAUUUGCAACCCGAGUAUGGAGAAAGACGUACUCGUUUGCCUCCCGGGCCUUGGAAUUUGUCAAGAGCAGAGAAGAGAGAGGUUUGCAAUUCUUUCUAUGGUAUGAAGGUCCCUGAAGGUUAUUCUUCAAAUAUAAAAAAUCUUGUAUCUUUACAAGAUUCAAGACUUCUUGGCCUUAAAUCACAUGAUUGUCAUACCUUAAUGCAACAAUUGCUCCCUGUGGCAAUUCGUUCUGUUUUGGAGAACCUGAAGAAUCGUACUCGUCCCGAAGGUUGCAUUGCUGAGCGGUAUAUAGCUGAAGAAGCUGUAGAGUUUUGUACCGAGCAUUUAUCUGAUGUUAGUACAGUUGGAGUGCCUUCAAGCCAAAAGAUGGGAGUUUCAAACAUUAUCAGGCAACAUAUGAUCCACAUCCAGACCGCUUAUCCAAAAUUUAGAAAGAGAACAAAGUGGCUGCAGGAUAAGCACAAUAGCACUUUCAUUCAAUGGCUACGCUUCAAGGUUCAAAGUGAACUUAAUGAGGAAGACAAUCAUGGCGUAUCAGAAAAUUUAAGGUGGCUAGCAGCUGGUCCAAACAUGGCAGUGCCAUUAUAUAGGAGCUAUCUCAUUAAAGGUAUUAAAUUCAACAUCAAGGCACAAGAUGAUGUUGCGGACAACUCAAAAUAG